CAAGUCAUGCUUGCUACCACAAGACCAGAUCUCCUCCUCUAUUCAGUGGCACAAGCCCCCUUUCUACCAGCAUCUCUGUACAUGUCAUAUCUGCCUUUGGGAUUUGUCUCCUCUUCUGUUUGAGCAUCAGCAGUUUGGGAUGAUUUUGGCCCAGAGGAUAAGAAAGCGCAGGUUUGUUGCUCCUUGGUACAGUGAGGCUUCUGCUAUGACCACACCACCAGCCUUCCCUGCCGGCAGUCAGGACACCCCGCGAAAAGGCACCCUCGGGGCUGGCUCUCUUCUCUGCAUGCCCUCCGCCCAGGAGCAUCAUGGGAAGUGUCAGUAGCCUCAUCUCCGGGCACAGCUUUCACAGCAAGCACUGCCGAGCCUCCCAGUACAAGCUGCGCAAGUCGUCCCACUUGAAGAAACUGAACAGGUACUCGGACGGGCUGCUGAAAUUCGGCUUCUCUCAGGAAACGGGCCAUAACAAGUCCAGCUCCAAAGGCAACAAGAAUGAGGACUUCUUUUACAUCAAGGUCAACCAGAAAGCUCACCGGACAGACUACACGUCCCUCUCCAGCGGGGAGCUGGGGAGCCAGGCUGGGGCUACCAGUGCGAGUUAUGGCACCCCGACACCACCCAAACUGAAGCCGGUUUCUAACCAGCUGGAACUAGGAACCGAGAAGAGUGCUGCCAGACCCACCGCCUUCAAGCCCGUGCUCCCGCGCUCCAAUACGACCCUCCACUCUUCUCCAGAGCACAGCGGUCAUGUCUCACAGCAGCUCCAGUCCCAGGACAAAGGCAAGGAUCUGGAGCAGAAGCCUUCUUUGUGCUCUGGUGGGCUGUCCGACUCGGGGCGGAAUUCCAUGUCUAGCCUCCCCACCCACAGCACCACCAGCAGCUACCAGCUGGACCCCCUUGCCACUUCCACGGGGCCCAUCAGCCGGUUUGGGGGCUCCGCCCUCAACAUCACCCAGUGCGCCAUCCUUCAGGACAGUAACAUGAUGAGCCUGAAGGCGCUCUCCUUCUCCGACGGGGGCACCAAGAUCCUCAAUCCCGGCAAGGGCCCGGAGAAGAGUUCCUGCGUCCGUUCGCCCAUCUCCACCGAGGAGACGGCCAUCCAGGAGCUGGAGAAGAAGCUGCUGGAGCGGGAAGGCGAGUUGCAGGAGCUCCAGUGCAGCUUCGAGGAGAAGGAGAUCGCCUCCUGCCAGAACUACGAGGAGAAGCAGAGGCGCUGCAAGGAGGAGAUGGAGGGGCUGAAGCAGAAGUGCAACAACAAGCUCAAGCAGGCCUCGCAGAAGUCACAGAGGGCCCAGCAGCUGCUCCAGCUCCAGGUGUUUCAGCUGCAGCAGGAGAAGCAGCAGCUCCGGGAGGAGCUGGCCAACCUGAUGAAGGAGCAGGACUUGCUGGAGACCAAGCUGAGGUCCUACGAGAAGGAGAAGACCACCUUUGCGCCAGCCCUGGAGGAAACCCAGUGGGAGGUAUGCCAGAAGUCUGGCGAAAUUUCUCUCCUGAAACAGCAGCUGAAGGAGUCCCAGGCAGAACUCAACAGUAAGACCAACGAGGCCCUCAACCUGAAGGCUCAGCUGAAGGACAUGCGGGCAAAGAUGGAGCUGCUGGAGAUGAAGAUUCAGGACUUGGAGGAUUCGCUGCACGCCAAGGCCAUGGAGCUGGAGGUGUGCGAGAACGAGCUCCAGCGCAAGAAGAACGAGUCGGAGCUGCUGCGGGAGAAAGUGAACCUGCUGGAGCAGGAGAUUGCCGAGCUCAGGACAGAUCUCACCAUUCUCAGGGAGGAGAGGAAGUGUGGGGCAGCCUCCAUGAGUCUAGAGAGCACUGCAACCGAAGACGCGCAAGCCCUGUGGAGGGAAGUGGAGAGGCUGAAGACCGAGCUGCAGGAGGAGAGGGGCAACAAUCAGCAGAUGACAGUAGGCUUCCAGCAGGAGAGGCAGACGUGGAAGGAGGAGAAGGAGAAGGUGAUCCAUUACCAGAAGCAGUUGCAGCAAAGUUACCUGCACAUGUACAAGCGGAACCAAAAUCUGGAGAAGAUGCUCCAACAGCUGGCCGCAGGAGAGGACGGCAAAGAGCCCCUAGAGCUUGACCUCCAUGGCACCGAUGUCCCUUACGAGGACAUCAUCGCCACUGAGAUCUGAAAGGUGCUGUGUCUUCCGUCCCAUUGCGGAGGAAGUGGGUCUCUCUUCCAAUCCAGGGGGUUUUGCGUCCCGUCCUGCAGAACCACCACUUUGUUGGUUGAGAUCCUUGCCUGGCCAAAACAGAUCCCGGUGAUUCUCAUGCCUCGUGCCAGUGGGGAGGCACAGCUCCAUGUUCAUCAUGCCCCAUGGAUCUCGCUGGGAGAGGGGCCCGCUUCGUGUUGAGGGAGGGGAAGGAGGCUGUGAGAUUUGCCAGCCGACAAUUCAGUUCAGUGAGAGUAGACUCAGCUCUGUGGCAUCUUCAGGAAUAGUAUGCAAGCAUCUCUGUGCCAUACGAAACAAGUGGCUCCCUCUUGCGCACCUCCCAGGUACAGGUUGCCAAGGGCUAGCAGAGAAUGGGAAGCAGCCCCACCCUCUGCAGUCCCAAGACAGGCCCGCUGCCACCACUGCACCAUGACACAAGGCUUGUUCAUGCUCCAAGGUGCCUCCCCAGUUGCCACACUGGGGGAGGGGGCAAUGGGAGAAGUGCGGUCUUUGGCCUUUCAUUCCUUUUGGUUAAGAAAGACACCCACACCCACAGCGUGUCUGCCAUCACAGAUCUUCAAGGCUGUCCUGUCCAUUCCCAUUGGCUGAAGUUACACAAGUGCUGAAGAGGACGAGGGAGAAGACUGAGUGUAAGAGAAGGCCUUUUCUUUCUCUUUCUCCAACACAGAUAGCUCUGUUGUCAGAAAUAAGAAGUUAAUGUUCUAGGUUCCUAGAAGCCAUGAUCUGACUAUCAGCUAUCAGUUUUUUCUCCUCCUCCUCUUCCAUUACCUCUUCUCUGAGAAGGCAAGCAUUGGGAGAAGUAUUUUGCUGAUGGGGAACAAAACCUGAAAUGUUCUUGCGUUUUUAAACAGGAAUGUUUAUAUUUGUUUAUCUCAAAUGUGAAUAUUUUUAUGGAUCUUUUAAAUUUUGCUGAUAUUUAGUGUUACAUUUCCACAUUUUCCUCUCCUCCUAUUUUGCCACUGAAAGGGGACAUUUAAACCAGCUGAAUGAUAGCAGAACUCCCUCUUCCUGUAUCCAGCCAUGCCAGGAGGUAUGAAACAGUCGUAGAAAGAGAGAGGAAGAACAGAUGAAUACACAGCCAUGGGUAACAUGGGGAAGAAGUACAUUUAAAAUCAGAAAUAUAAUGUUGGUCUCUGCAUUCCCCCCCCCCUUGUAUGGCCCCCACAACUCAGGAGACCUCUGAACUAGCACAGAACAGCAGGGACUGCUGGCUGAGACAGAGCAGUCUACCUCAGCCGCAGUGGUUGCUGGCGCAAUCCAAGAUGAUAUGGCCAGAUAAAGCAAACUGCACCCAAAAGGGCGGCAUUGCCCAGACAGCAGGUGGGUUCAGAUGUCGCACAGAACCAUGGUUUAUUUUAACUAGGGUUUAUUUACGAAAUCUGGAUUGGUGCCAUGGACAAUCAAAAAAAGGAAAGUGGGGUGGUAGUGGUGGUGGUAGAAAAACGACUGACCAACAAAUCAAAACCGAAGAAAGAUGGGGUGGGAACUCCCAAAGGUGCUGAUAAAUUACGAACGAAUAGUUUAUUCCGUAUUGCCUGAUGUGUUUCGAGCACAAGAUGCUCUUCGGAGGCAACUUAAGUAAUUAACAUUAACCAAAGUAUCUUCUGCUUACUUGUCUGUUCUCAAAUCUCUCUGGGGAUAAUACCCCACACCAAAAGGAAUAUCUGUGUGACAGAUAUUCAAGCCACUGGCAAUCACCAAAUCUUGCCACAGGAAGAAACCACCGUUUCAAUGGCAGCGAGAGAGGCCGGGUUCCAAAGCUGGCUAACCAACAGAGUGAAUUCCCCAUUGUUCCACUUUUGGGAAAUUUGUACUUUGCAGGCGGCAGCCAGGACUGGAGCGAGAUGCUGAGAAUCCUGCUUCAUGCGUCCGGCUGUGAAACUCUCCACACACACCCCAUCACUCUCAGCUUCCUCACUCUGCUGAUCACAGUCAUUCUUGGGCUUGUGAAGAGAGGCCUUCCCGGGGUAAUCAUCCUCCUCCCCCCACCCCACCCCUGCCUGACAGCUAAUUGGUUUUAUACACAUAUGCUUCUGAUUAACCAAAUUUGCUUUGUUCGUUCGGAUCCCCACCCCCAAAACCAGUCUGCCGCCUUGUGAAACUCCAGUAAGCCCCAUGGGGUUAAUUAUCCUCCAGAUGGGAGGGACUCCUCACAGUAGGACUGUCAGAGCCUGCUGAGAUGAUGAACUUGCCCCCACCUCCAGUGCUGGCUGCCUCCUCCCUCUCUUCCCCUCCACACACCUCACCUAGGGACAGAGUAACAGCUGUUGGCAGGCAUCAUUAGGUUGAAAGGAGCUUGUCUUGGGGGUCCCUCCCCCCCUUAAGUCUCAAUCUAUCUUUCAUAACAAGCACACAUGGACUGUCUCACUUCUACGCUGAGCCUGCUCAGAGUUUGCCGGGGUGAUUUUGCUCCGGUGUUUUCUCCGUGGCUCCAGCGUUCGUGUAUUUGCAUUGAGAAAGACAAAAGCAGAUUCCAUUGCUGGGCUCUGAACUGGCAGUCUCCUAUCAAAAGCUGCAUCCAACUCAGCUGGAUUUUGGCAUUGCCCAGGGGUUGGUCCUGAAAGUGAGAGAUUCUGGCUGGCAUACCACGCAGCGUUGGGUCCGCCUUGUAGCGGAACGUGUGUGUGGUUACGCAAGAGCACUCUUGGAUGCAUGGAUUGUGGGCCAUCCAUCAUGUGACUGUGAUUGUGCGGUUUAUGCAAGAGCGCUUUUGCACAACGGACUGCAGACGGAACGUUGCACAGUAUGUCAGCCACUCAAAUAUAUCUUGAUAGGCAGUCUUGUUGGCUGGACUGAACCUGGCCGUAAGACUUCUCCCCCUGCCAGGCAGGCAUCUUCUGCUGGGGAUUCCAUGCUGCUUCUGGACCAAAUCAAAAGGCCAUCACUCCAGCAUCCUGUUUCGCUCAGUGGCCAAUCAGAUGCCUCUCAGAAGCCCACAAAGCAGGGCAUGGCGGCACCAUUCCUUCCUCAUUGUUGCCUCCCAGUAACUAGAAUUUGGUGGUAUACUGCCUCUGAUUAUGGAGGCUCCAUCUUAAUCCCUCCUCUGGGAAUGUUCACAUCCCAUUUUAAAGUCACCUAAGCCAAUAGCAAUCAUUAAACCCCACAGCAAGAAAUUCCAAACAUUAAUUAUGUGCAAGUUCUCAAGUUCAUAGCCCAUAAGCAUUUAUGUGUAAUGAGAACAUUUGCCCUUGCUUCAGUUAAUGUAAGCAGAUAGCAGGCAACUAGCAGGCAGUGCCCCAUCUGUGCUGGCCCCUCUCCCUCUGCCCUUUGAGAGCAGCCAAUCACAAACUGCCCAGGUGUGGUUUCUUCUGGCAAUGGGAUGAGAUGGCAAUGGGGAAGAUUUUGCAUGCUGAAUGUAUGUGUAAAGCACAAGAUCAGAGCCAGUAUAUAUAUAUAUUUAAAAGUUGGCAACCCUUGGCUUGCAGUCAACCAGAGCUGGAUUCUAGCACAUCAUCACAAAGGCCCGAGAGCCAACACCAAGCUAGCUAAACCAAUCGCCACCAUUGCUAAAUGGAACCUCCAAGACAGGGGCGUAGCGACUAUUGAGCAAAGGGAGAUAAUUGUCCCCAGGCCCCAAGAGUCUGCCCCCCAAGUCUCACCCUUGCCUUCCUUCACCCUUUUCCCCUCCUACUACCCAGCUGAUGAGCAAAGCACUUGCUGCUUGGGAGCAUGAGGCACGGCCCUCUCCUCUUCAGCCAGCAUAUCCAUGAAACUCUGGCUGGGGAGGGAUGGACUCUCCCCCCGCCAGGCAUCAGCCCCUCCCCUGCAUCUGACACCAGACACAAGGAGGGCUGGGCCUGAGCCAAGAAAGGGGCUGUGACAGUCCCAUUCUUGGCACUGGCCAUGCCCUAUGUGUCUGACAUCAGGCACAGAUGGCAUGGCUUGGGGUGUGUGUACAAAGGAAUACCCAAGGGGUGAUGGAGCUGCCGGUCGGACUUUGUCCCCUGGCCCCCGCCAAGCUCCCUAUGCCCCUGCUCCAGGGACAGGACCUCAGUCCCAGUGGGGGGAGGCUGUUGUCUGCAGGCUUUGCUUGUGGAUGCCCCAGAAGCACCUGGUUGGCUAUGGUUUGAAAUGGACUUGAUCAAGGUUUUCCAAUGGGGUACCUGAAGAGCUUCCAGGCGGAGGGAUUACUCAUGUUUCCUAACUGCCUGCUGUUCUGGGCUGUGCAUAACAGACCUCACAGUGGAGAAAAAGGGUUUCUGACCCAAGACUGGGGGUCGGGGGAAUAGAUUGGAGUACCAACACUUUUAUUGCACUGUCUUGAGAGUUUAGAGCACAUCACAUGUUGUCUCAGUCACUUUUACAGCAGCUCCGUCAAGGCAGGUUAGUAUUAUCAUCACCUUGUAAACGGCAUUGAGACUAGCAAGGUCCUCUACUGCAUGGCUGGGAGGACACUUGAACGAGGGACUUCUCGGCUCAUCACUCACACUGGCCACUAGGUUACACCAUCUCCCCUUUGCCUUGUUCAUAUGUUUGCUAACGUUGCCGGGCAAGAUGAGAUUUGCUUGCCCGGGUGGCAUUUGCAAGCCUGCAGCAUAACAUAAUGGCCAACCUCUGGUUUUGUAUUUCCAAUAUAGAAUAGAAUUUCUGCUCUAUGUAUUAUAUUAUUAUUAUUUUAUUGCCACUACCCAAUGUACUGACUUAGGGUUGCAUGCAGGAAAUGCUUCAGUGCAUGCAUAGAAGAGAGGAUGCUUUUCAACAAUCCCACACACACACACACACACUCUGCAGCUGCCUGAGCUUCCCUAAAAUAUGUCCCUGAGGGUUGCUGCAGGACCCUCAGGGACAUAUUUUCAGGAGGCACAGGCAGCUGCAAAGGCAAGGAUGAGUGACGGAAAAUUGCCCCUCCUCUCCAUCCAUGCAGAAGCAUUCCCUGAACUCAACUCUUACUCAGUAUGUCUGGCAUUAUUAUUGUUAUUUAUUAAUAUUUAUAUACAUCUCUUUAACACAAAGUGUUAUCAAUAUGGUUUACAUAGCAAAAGAGAAUAAGUAAAUGGUUUCCUGUCCCAAAGGGGCUCACAAUCUACACACGCAACAGCCACUGUUGGGUCGAAUAGGACCAGUUGCUGUCCCAUGUUAAGCUUAUAUGCUUAACUCUGGACACACACAGAUUUAUUUAUUUUUUAAGAGUCAUUGAAUGAAAAUACUCACUCUGCAAAGUGCACGGAGACUCUGGCAGAUGGAGAAGGAUCUUUGUGUGAGCACUUUCAAGCGCAGCCAUUUUUAAAAAUGGAACGCUUGAUCGUCUUCCUUGCUUGGAGAUGCUGGCACCUGUAGACACUGCUCCGUGGAGAUACACCAUUGCAUUCCUUGUGCACGUAAUGCAGACAUUCACAAUAGAAUGGAAGGGGGAAAGCAGCAGAAAGCAGCAGGGAAAGUGAGUCAAAUUAUGACGAGCCCGAUUCAGACAUCAUGCUGUACAAGUGUACAGACAUCCGUACAGUUAUACAUGUUUGUGUGAAUGACUGUACCUGCGUUCAUUUUAAAAGUGAACCUGGAUGUGGGCCCUUCAGAUACAUGGUACAGAUAGGAAGUGUACUUCUGGACCUGCAUUCAGCAUAACAUGAGAAUGGCUGUAUUUGUUUACAGAUCUGUGUACACUGUACAUUCGUUGUACAAGUGCUGAACAUAACAUGUGAGUGGGUCUAAAGCAGGGUUUCUUAACCUUGGGGCCCCAGAUGUUGUUGGACAUCUGGGGGACCCAAUGUCCAACUCCCAUCAUCCCCAGACAUGGCCUUUGUGGCUGAGGAUGAUGGGAGUUGUAGUCCAACAACAUCUGGGGGCCCAAGGUUAAGAAACCUGGUCUAAAGGAUUUGUGAGAUGGGUGCCAGGGAUAAGAAGAAAAAGGCCUGCCAGGCCUGCCUUAUGUAGUUCAUAUGACGAGCACAAAGGCCACUUGAAGGUGUCAUAACUUUUAGGCCAGACCUAAUACUGAUAAGAGCUUGCCCAUUCUCUUAGUCUGCAGAAGGGAGGGGAUUCCAUUUUGCCAGCCCUGCCUGAAGCUAUUAACCUCAAUGCACAUUAAUGCUAUCCAAAAAGGCAAGCCCUCCGAACUUUGCAUCAACCUUCAAGACCUCCAAGGGGGCAUAGAGAACCCCAUCUCACCAGCCAUAUAACCCGCUGUUGAAUAUGACCAGGACUGCUGUUGUUGCAACAACCAUGUCGUGUUUGAUUCUGAGUGUAGGUAUUGCUGCCAUUUCACCCACUUGGCCUAUCCCAGCAGCCCUCGCUGGGAGAAGCCAGUUUUCAGGCUGUAGAUAUGAUUGCUAUCCGUUUUUUUCCAAUUGAGCUGUUGGCCGUUCUACUUUUUCUUUUUCUUUUUAAUGUUAUUUCUGGUGACUGGUGUAAAUUAAUUUGUUUUUAUGUAUAAAUAAAUUUGUAAAAACCAGA